CAAAACAAUAAUGUUGUUACCCAGUGGCGUAUAAGGCACUAAUUUUUGGGUCAUGCCUUCACCAUCCUUCAAUUUCCAAGUCCGAAAGUCCAUGCUUAAUAUCAGUGGAGUAUCAAGAAAAGAUGAGUCGUCAUUUUCCGACGGUGAGCUGUGAACACUGUAACUGAUAAGCUUAGCUUAGAAAAUCCCGUUUCUGACACUAUUAAGUACGAUUGGUCGGACGUGUCCCUUUAAUUAGGCCUAGUUUUGUGAAUGGUGAUGAAAGCGAGUUUUAAUAUUUAAAUCACCAUUUUCAUAAUUCCAUUCCAUCAAGUUCUAAAAGACUAAAACAGCAAAAGAUGUCAAGAGUAUUAUGAAAAUAUCUUGGCCCUUGGUUCGGACAGUCUAGUUACGUGUUGCAUUUUCACUCAAAAAGGCAAUGUUCAUCGGAUCCAACUUUUCGGACUAUCAAUAGUUUUGAACAUGCGCAGUUGAACUUUCUACCACAUGCUUCCGGUUAACUGUUUUUGUUUACUUCUGUGUGUUGUAAAUUAACAUUAUUGUACAGAGAUUUCCUUUUCAAAAUGAAGUUACUAACUCAUAACAUGUUGACAUCGAACAUAAUAAAAGGUGUUAAGAAUGGAUAUCCCCUAAAAAUCGCUGCGACGAAGGUGGAAGAGCGAGAAGUUGACUAUAAUCCUGAAUUUAUUACAAGACUUCUUCCAAAAUUGGACUGGUCGGCUGUUCACAAAGGUGCUGUUGAUCUCAACAAGGCCGAAGGAGUGCCAGAAAGCAUGAUGGAUGAUUAUGAAUCCAAUGAAGAUUUUUUAAAAACUGCCCACAAUAUUCUCUUACAAGUGGAAAUAAUUGAAGGCAAUUUGGAGUGUCCAGAAACUGGGAGAAAGUUCCCCAUCACGAAUGGAAUUCCAAACAUGUUGUUAAACGAGGACGAAGUGAGUGAGAAAUAAAAAGGCGUUCAGACUUUUGAUAAACCCUUUUUUUGUCAUGUGUGGUACAUUUUGAAGUUAAAAAAUAUAUCAAUGUAAUAUAACAUUUGUGAAUUAUUCAGUUUGAUGAAAGAAUGAAUUGUUGACUGUACAUUUAAAGAGAGACAACUAAUCUUAAAAUGAUUAGUGUUGUGGAAUUUCAAGAAAGAUAGCAUUCGUUUUAAUUCCACACUACUAAGUGCCAAAGUGUGAUAAUGGUUCUUGUUUGUUUGCCAUGAAGAAAGAACUUGUGACAAUAUUAGAUUAUAAACAAAUUGCAGACUUCAAUGAUCAAAUAAGUUUAAUAUUUAGAAGGCGAAAGAGGGCAAUUAUACCUUCAAAAAAUAAGUAUUUGUAUUUUGAAAUAGAGAAAAAAGAGUGUCAACUCACACUUGUUUUUGGUCAUUGAUAUUAAAAGAUGUGGGAAAGUUGGUGAUAUAGUAAAAAAUUUGAUUUACUUGCAAGUCGCAACACCUUUAAGAAUUGUGAAAUGUUUUUUUUUGUUAAUUUGAGCCACAUUUUCAAUUCUUAAAGAAUAGAUGUGCAUAGAAAAUGUCUGUUUUAAUAAAAUGUGUAAUUUGGGUAAAAAGAACUCAAAACUAUUGUAAUUUUAGGUUUAUUGACAAUACAAUUCAUGAUUUUGUUUUAAAUCAAAAAGCUACAUCUAGACACUCUAUGGAAAUGUAUAGAGAAUAGAUUGUGUAUUGAAAAUGUUUCACAAACAUUGUGUAACAAUAUUGGUUAAAGGAAUUUAAAACCAUUGUAAUUUUCUGUUCAUUUGUUUCAAUAAAGUUUAUUGAGAAACGUU